AUGACAAAGUUGACGACAAAGAAGCGAACAGACCGUAAGCUCGAUGAAGAUCGAGUCGAUAGUCGACAGGACAAUGUGAUUAUCGAGCACCCGGAAACAUCUUCAAAAUCAGCUGAUUAUUCCGACCGGAUUCAUUUACCAAUUCACGAAGUUAGACAUCAAAUCAUGAGUAUUGUGCUUAAGAAUGAAACUGUUGUUCUUAUUGGAGAGACAGGAUGCGGGAAAAGCACCCAAGUACCACAGUUCUGCGUUCGUAUGGGGCUCGCAAGAAACGGUCGGAUUGGUGUAUCUCAGCCACGUCGCCUAGCUGCUGUGUCGCUCGCACAUCGUGUUGCUUGGGAAAUGAAUUCUCCCCUUGGUCGCAAGGUUGGAUACCAUGUUCGAUUUGAAAAGGAAGCGUCUGAAAGUACGCAAAUUGUGUACCUCACUGAUGGUAUGUUGUUGAGAGAAGCUCUCCAUGAUCCCCUUCUUAGGGGCUAUGACACCAUCAUCGUGGAUGAAGCUCACGAACGUAGCCUUAACACUGACAUCCUUUUAAAUGUUUUGCGAUUAUGCCAACGUCAGCGAAAGGAAUCCAAUAACCGCCAACUCCGGAUAAUCAUAAUGUCGGCGACGCUGGAAGCCGAACUUUUCUCUGUUUACUUCAAUAAUGCUCCUGUUUACGUCGUAAAGGGCAGACGGUUCCCAGUUGAAAUUUUUCAUGCUGCAUUGAAUCUAGAGAACUCUGACUACGUAUAUAAUACCCUUGUCUGUAUCAAAGAUCUUCACCUGGAAGAGCCUCUGAGUGACCAUUUCCUUGUCUUUCUUGCUGGUCGUGAUGAAAUUGAAGCUGUGGUGAAAAAGUUACGUGAAUUGAACAAACACUUCGCUGCUCCAAUUUAUGCUGUUCCUCUUUUCGGUGCCAUGAGUGCCAGUUCACAAAUGAAAGCAUUUGAACCUCCUCCAGAGGGCCAUCGCAAAGUUGUGAUAGCGACGAAUAUUGCUGAAACAUCUCUCACGAUUCCUGGAGUGAGAGUAGUUAUUGAUUCAGGGAAGGUUAAAACAAGAUCGUUCACUGCUACUGAGCGUAUAGAUGUAUUACGAGUCUGUGACAUCAGCAAAGCACAAGCAAUGCAGAGAGCAGGACGAGCGGGUCGUGAUGCUCCUGGGAAAUGCUACCGUCUCUACUCUGCCGAAUGCUUCCAAAACAUGAUGGCAUCGAGCAUUCCAGAAGUAUUGAGGAGCAAUUUAUCUUCUGUUUUGUUGGAAAUGUUGGCAUUAGGUCUUAAGCGUCCCAGGAAGUUGAAACUGAUCCAACAGCCCGAUGUGCAAAAUUUGGCUGCGGCUGAACGUGAACUAAUGGCUCUUGGAGCAAUAGAAGCAAAUGGCAAGGAAUUGAAGCUGACAUCGAUCGGCCAUAUUUUGUGUAGAUUUCCUCUCAUACCCAAUCAAGCGAGAGUUCUCAUGAUCGCCAACGAAUUAUCGUGCUUGGAGGAAGCUCUAACAGUAAUUGCUGCUAUGUCAUGCGAAACCAUAUUUGAUCAGGAGAGUAGUUCUGAGGUAGAAGACAGCGAACAAUCUCUUACACGGUUUUCUUCGAGCGUGAGUGAUCAUCUCACUAUGCUGGACAUUGUACUGGCAUUUAAGCAGAAGAAGCGACUCAGUAGCAGUCAGUUAAAGGAAUGGUGUUUUUCCAAUCACUUAAACUUCAAAAAUUUGGUUAUGGUGCUGAAGGUACGCAAACAGCUUCAUCAAAUUGUUCGCGACUGCGGUAUGCGGAUUACUUCAUGUGGAACUCAAAGAGAAAAACUACGGCAAGCUUUAGCCUGUGGUUUAUUCAUGAACGUCUGUGAAUAUGAUCGUGGAGAUGAUCGCUAUCGAUUGCUUGUUAGACCUAGCACCACAUUGAAAAUUCAUCCUUCAUCUGGACUUUGUCGUUCGCGUCCUCAGUAUAUUGUUUUCACGGAUCUGGUCAAGACCACCGAUUUGUAUGCAAGAAACGUCUCCAUUAUUGAUCGACAGUGGGUACAACCAGUGAUUGAAGAUUACAACAAAAAUGCUAAAUUAUUUGCGUGA